UAUAUUGAAGGCCACUUCAAUUUUUCUAAUUUUGUCGUACUGCAAAAUUUCCCAAAACCCAAACCCUAAAGAUGAACUCAGUGUCCAGGAGCUUCUCGUCCGUCUUCACACGCCCAAAUGUCGCAUUAAACAAUCAGAUCUCAUAUUUACAGCAAUGGCGGGGGAUCCGAGUGAAGAUUCUGAACAACAAUUUGGAGAGAGGACUGACUUAUAUGCAGAGGAUAAUGCAAUCGAGUGGCAUCGAACGGAUGAUUAAAAACGAACAGUUAUAUCACAUCAAGAACUCAGAGAAACGAAUUUUGGCUCGAAAGAAUCUACAGCGUAGGCUUAAAUCGCAAGACCUGGCUCGUAAGCUCAAGUCGAUUCUCGUUAGAAAAGUCAGGGGCUAUUGAGCAUAUCUGGUUGAAUGCAGAAGAGAGUUGUUUAGUUGCUUUGAUCACAGCCAUUUACUGCAUAAAAUUGUAACAUCUGUUCGUUUAAAUUUCGCAUGAAAUAGUUUUAUUACAUGUUACAGAUGUGAAAUUGUGCAUUAACAUGGAGAAUAACACUAUCUAGGCCUAUGAAAACCUUAUGAUAAAUUUAAAUAUAAAAUCUUUGACUUUAUAUGCUU